CUUCAACCCUCUCCCCGGUUCAGGACUUUGAAAAACGCCUCAGUGGCAGGGCAGGGUUUGUAGGGGGGCGCUCUAAGAACGUGGGGAGAUGGAUUUUCAUGCCAAGCGUUCCCCAGCGACCCAGACUCAGACCCUCAGGCAUCGGGUGUGUGCAGAGAGGGGGCAGUAUAGGGGAAGGGCUCAAGCAGGUGGCUCCACGGCCCAGGAAAGAGGGGUGGGAGAAGGCAGGGCUGGAGGCCAAGGGCACAGAGGCUGUGGAGAGGGAACACGCCAUGUCUGGAGUUCCAAAUUCUGGAUUUCUGGGGUCUGAACACAACAGCUAGGAGAGCCGCCGAGGUGGCUGGGGAGGCAGACAUUCCAGACCUCUUGUGCCUCAAGCAAACGACACAUCAGGGAGCUGAGAGGACAUCAGGGAGCCAGGGACCAGCGUCUUCAGACAGACGGAUCCUAAAACUUGAGGAGCUCCAUUAUUCCCUUCCACCCCCUCCAUCUCUGCUCAUUGCCUCAUCUCCUCACCCUUUCUCUAGCCCAGUUUCUCUCCCAGGCUGAAACCUGGGCGCCCAGCACAUGGGUAGGCCAGGUGACUGAGCCCCAUCUAUUCCACAGCCCCCUGCUGAGGCUUCCUCUGAGCAGCGGGCAUCCUGAGCUCUUGCCCAGCAUGGAGGGCCUGGAGGUGAGGCCAGAGGAGCUGAGGGCCUGGGGAUGGAGAGGAAGCGCUUUGCUCAGAGGAACAGGCAACCGAUAAAUAUUUAAUUCUCCUCUCUGCUUUUAUCUCCUGACCCACUGAGACAAAUCAGCUCAUUAAGCAGUGAUUCCCGGAGCUCAGACAGCAGGGAGAGUGCCUGGAAAGAUGGGGCAAGAAUGCGGAGCAGCUUCUCAGCCCCUUGGAGCUGCCAACUUUCCCUCAAAUGUCCUGGUUCAGCCGACUCCUAUACCAGCCGCCCAUCUCUGGACUCAGACGUCUCCCUGGAGGAGGACCGGGAGAGUGCCCGGCGUGAAGUAGAGAGCCAGGCUCAGCAGCAGCUCGAAAGGGCCAAGCACAAACCUGUGGCAUUUGCGGUGAGGACCAAUGUCAGCUACUGUGGCGUACUGGAUGAGGAGUGCCCAGUCCAGGGCUCUGGAGUCAACUUUGAGGCCAAAGAUUUUCUGCACAUUAAAGAGAAGUACAGCAAUGACUGGUGGAUCGGGCGGCUAGUGAAAGAGGGCGGGGACAUCGCCUUCAUCCCCAGCCCCCAGCGCCUGGAGAGCAUCCGGCUCAAACAGGAGCAGAAGGCCAGGAGAUCUGGGAACCCUUCCAGCCUGAGUGACAUUGGCAACCGACGCUCGCCUCCACCAUCUCUAGCCAAGCAGAAGCAAAAGCAGGCGGAACAUGUUCCCCCAUACGACGUGGUGCCCUCUAUGCGGCCUGUGGUGCUGGUGGGACCCUCUCUGAAAGGUUACGAGGUCACAGACAUGAUGCAGAAGGCUCUCUUCGACUUCCUCAAACACAGAUUUGAUGGCAGGAUCUCCAUCACCCGAGUCACAGCCGACCUCUCCCUGGCAAAGCGAUCUGUGCUCAACAAUCCUGGCAAGAGGACCAUCAUUGAGCGCUCCUCUGCCCGCUCCAGCAUUGCGGAAGUGCAGAGUGAGAUCGAGCGCAUAUUUGAGCUGGCCAAAUCCCUGCAGCUAGUAGUGUUGGACGCUGACACCAUCAACCACCCAGCACAGCUGGCCAAGACCUCGCUGGCCCCCAUCAUCGUCUUUGUCAAAGUGUCCUCACCAAAGGUACUCCAGCGUCUCAUUCGCUCCCGGGGGAAGUCACAGAUGAAGCACCUGACCGUACAGAUGAUGGCAUAUGAUAAGCUGGUUCAGUGCCCACCGGAGUCAUUUGAUGUGAUUCUGGAUGAGAACCAGCUGGAGGAUGCCUGUGAGCACCUGGCUGAGUACCUGGAGGUUUACUGGCGGGCCACGCACCACCCAGCUCCUGGCCCCGGACUUCUGGGUCCUCCCAGUGCCAUCCCCGGACUUCAGAACCAGCAGCUGCUGGGGGAGCGUGGCGAGGAGCACUCCCCCCUCGAGCGGGACAGCUUGAUGCCCUCUGAUGAGGCCAGCGAGAGCUCCCGCCAAGCCUGGACAGGAUCUUCACAGCGUAGCUCCCGCCACCUGGAGGAGGACUAUGCAGAUGCCUACCAGGACCUGUACCAGCCUCACCGCCAACACACCUCGGGGCUGCCUAGUGCUAACGGGCAUGACCCCCAAGACCGGCUUCUAGCCCAGGACUCGGAGCACAACCACAAUGACCGGAACUGGCAGCGCAACCGGCCUUGGCCCAAGGAUAGCUACUGACAGCCUCCUGCUGCCCUACCCUGGCAGGCACAGGCGCAGCUGGCUGGGGGGCCCACUCCAGGCAGGGUGGCAUUAGACUGGCAUUAGGCUGGCACUAGGCUCAGCCCCCAAAACCCCCUGCCCAGCCCCAGCUUCAGGGCUGCCUGUGGUCCCAAGGUUCUGGGAGAAACAGGGGGCCCCCUCACCUCCUGGGCAGUGACCCCUACUAGGCUCCCAUUCCAGGUACUAGCUGUGUGUUCUGCACCCCUGGCACCUUCCUCUCCUCCCACACAGGAAGCUGCCCCACUGGGCAGUGCCCUCAGGCCAGGAUCCCCUUAGCAGGGUCCUUCCCACCAGACUCAGGGAAGGGAUGCCCCAUUAAAGUGGCAAAAAGGUGGGGUGUGGGCACCAUGGCAUGAGGAAGAAACAAGGUCCCUGAGCAGGCACAAGUCCUGACAAUCAAGGGACUGCUUUGGCAUCCAGGGCCUCCAGUCACCUCACUGCCACACAUUAGAAAUGAGACAAUCAUAGCCCCCCAGGGUGGCACACCCAUCCAUUUGCUGGGGUGUGGCAGCCACAUCCAAGACUGGAGCAGCAGGCUGGCCACACUCGGGCCAGAGAGAGCUCACAGCCGAAGCUCUUGGAGGGAAGGGCUCUCCUCACCCUGCCAAGAAGCUUCUUAACAUGUGACAGGACCAGGGACCAGGAGCAUGGUGAAGCCAAGUGGCAGACGGGAGCCAACCUGGAUGGGGGUUUGGGGAAGGAAGGCGUGUGUAGCAGAGAACUUAGGGGGGCCUCUUUGCCUUUCUCAUUCUUUUGCCCUGCAUCCUGUCAUUUCUGUUCUUGUCCCUCAUACAUCCUGGGAGAACCGGGCUCCAGACUUUGUUCCCUGACUCAUAGCUGCCGCUUGUUAGGUUAGGGUUAGAUGGGGAGAGACAGGGCACAGAGGACCUGUUUCCCCGGCUACUCUUGCCUUAUGGCUCUAGUGUGUGACCUACAGAGCAUGCUCCACAAGCCCCUGCCUCACCUCACUGUCAUCACUAAUAAACAUCAUGCACAGUC